UUCACUACAAUUGCCAGUCCCCUAUAUAUACACACAGCCCUGAUACCUGCAGUACACAGUACUACCAGAAAACAAGGACACAAGCUCUCUCAAGCAGCCUACAGCCCAGUCAUGAAUGUCUUAGUGCUGCUUGCUCUUGCUGUUUUCACUGGAUGCAAUGCCAGUGGCCUGUGGCAGGACCCAUCUCAGCAACAGCUGGACAUGGUGAAAGAUGCAUUCUGGGACUACGUCGCUAAGGCAACACUCACCGCUGAGGACACCCUACAGAAGAUCCGACAGUCAGAGGUGGCACACGAAGUCAACACCAUGGUCUCUAAGAGUGCUGAUGCUGUGAACCAGUACACCGUGGCCAUGCGCGGGCAGGUGGCUCCUCUGACUCAGGACCUGCUGGCAAAGUUUUCCCAGGAGGCCGAGCAGCUUAAGGCUCGUCUGGAGAAGGACCUGAGCACCAUGACAGCCAAGCUGCAGCCCUACUCUGACGAGUGGAACGCAGACAUCCAGAGGCAGGUGGAGGAGCUGAAAAGGGACAUGACCACCUACGCUGAGGCCCUGGACUCUGACACCCUGAAGACCACUUUACUCCAGAAGAGUGAGGAGCUGAAGGGAAGCCUGGAGAAGAGUGUGCAGCAGCUGCAGGCCCAGCUGGGCCCCUACACUGAGGAGCUGAAACAGAAAAUGGACCAGAACCUGGAAGAGUUCCAAAAGAGCAUGAUUCCCUUGACCCAGAGCUUCCAGACACAGCUGACCCAGAGAACCCAGGAGCUCCAGCAGAACCUGGCCCCCUAUGGAGAGGAGCUGAAGAAGCUGGACCCAUUGGCCCAGGACCUGAAGGCCCAACUAGCUGCUCUCUGGGACUCCUUCACCAAGAAGAUCCAGUAAUCGGACUGAUUUUACUUGGUCUACUAGAACUGUGUACUGAUGAGUCAUUUUCCAUCAAAGUGCAAAAGGGCCAAUAUGUAAAUGUAGGUACCACUAUUAUGCUGUUUCACUGUCAGUUACGGGACUCUCCAUCUCCUGAUCAAGUUGUGUGUGAUCUGACGUCUACAUGCAGAUCUGUGUGUUUGUCUCCAUACCGGCAGGCCUCUGGAAGAUCGCCUGCCUCUCUAAUGUGUUAAUAGUGUGAACAUCAAUGAUGCAAAAGGCCUAACUCUCCACUCUGGAAACACACUCACUCCCUCACACACCCUGCCAGGGGAGGUAGAAGAAAUGGAGAAUUUGGAGGUGGAGAAUGUGUCAAAUACAAAGGCUGUUUACAGACAGGGCUGAAUUAAACCAAACAUGCCUCAGUAAAGUUUGAAGAGUUUAAUUACAAAAUGCGAUAUAUUCAUUUUCAGAAAUAUUGGUAAAUUGACAUGAAAUAAAAACACAUUAUGAACGAGA